AUUUAUUUGGUUUAAGCUUCAUAUCUUUAGGGUAUAAGCCGAUGGGUGUUCCUCAAGCUCAACCACCUUCGGCUCCUCACCUUUAUCCUCAAGCUCUUCAACUUAAACUCUACCAAGCAUUCAUAUUCUCAAUCCCCAUCCUUUUCUCAAUCAUUCUCUUUCUCUUGUUUUACUUGUUUUUCCUCAAGAGAAGAGCCUCUAAUCUCUCCAACUCUCGCCCUAUUCUUCCUACUACUACUAAUUUUAAUCCCACGCCUUGUCAAUUGAGUUUGGAAAGGGAGCUUACAGAUAAGCUGCCAACGGUUUUAUUUGAUGAAGAAUUGAAGACUAGGGAUACGCUAUGCAGCGUUUGCUUGGGUGAAUUUGAGAUGAAAGAGGAACUGCUCCAACUCCCAUCAUGCAAACAUGUGUUUCACAUGGAAUGCAUGCAUCGUUGGCUACGCUCCAACUCUACUUGUCCGCUUUGUAGAUGUUGUGUCACCCUUACUAUUAUUCCCAUCACCAAACACAAUAUGCCGUCUUAGCCACAACAUAGUUUCGUUUUAUUCUCACAUGAAUUGUACAUUAACAUCAUCGGAAAAUAGAACUAUACUAACGGAUCGACAAACUAAUAGUUAAGUGAUUAUAAAAAUUCUAAGUCCAUAUUAAUGUUUAAGGUUCAAAUUUUGUAAAACCAGUAUCCUCCUCUAACUUUGAAUGUUUGAGAGAAACAAUGACACUUACGA